AUAAAAUCUAUAUCACCAAAGGAGCAGCAAAUCCCUCCACCCGUAAUGUCCGGGUUGCUCACGUUUACGGUUCACCGGAAGAAGCCGGAGUUAGUUUCUCCGGCAAAACCAACACCGAGAGAGCUCAAACUCCUCUCUGACAUCGAUGACCAAGAAGGAUUAAGAUUCCACAUUCCCACUAUCUUCUUCUAUAGACAUAACCCUACUGCUUAUUCUGAUCCGGUCGCAGUUAUUCGGAGAGCCCUCGCGGAGACGCUGGUUUACUACUACCCGUUUGCCGGUAGGCUCCAGGAAGGACAGAACCGGAAACUUGCCGUGGACUGCACCGGUGAAGGCGUUUUGUUCAUUGAGGCUGAUGCUGACGUGACACUUGUUGAGUUUGAAGAGAAGGAUGCUCUUAAGCCUCCUUUCCCUUGCUUUGAAGAGCUUCUCUUUGACGUUGAAGGUUCUAGUGAAAUGCUCAACACUCCUUUGAUGCUCAUGCAGGUCACGCGCUUGAAAUGCGGCGGUUUUAUCUUCGCCGUCCGUAUCAACCACGUAAUGUCGGACGCCGCCGGUCUCAAGCUCUUUCUAAAAACGAUGUGCGAGUUCGUGCGUGGUUAUCAUGCGCCUACGGUUGCUCCGGUGUGGGAACGUCACCUGCUGAACGCCAGAGUCCCGGUGCGUGUGACACACAUGCACCGGGAAUACGAUGAAAUGCCGGCAAUUGGUACGGAAAGCGGGGGUAGCUGGGACAAUCUGGUAGGCCGGUCAUUCUUCUUUGGCCAUGACGAGAUGUUCGCAAUACGGAGGCUCCUCGCACCGAAUCUUGUCAACAGCAGCACCAAUAUGGAAAUGCUGACGUCGUUCUUAUGGCGUUAUCGCACUGUUGCUCUACAACCCGACCCGGACAAGGAGAUGCGACUCAUAUUCAUUGUCAAUGCGCGUUCUAAGCUUAAAAACUCACCACUACCUCUAGGAUAUUACGGAAACGCGUUUGCGUUCCCAGUCGCAAUCGCAACCACUAGGGAACUAACUAAAAAACCGUUAGAGUUUGCUCUGAGACUAGGAAGACCAAGCUUCUCGUCGGACAGAGCUUACUUGGUAUCGGAUGUGAGAAUUUUCGCAGACAUCGAUUUCGGAAUUUGGGGGAAACCGGUUUACGGAGGAAUUGGUACAGCCGGAGUUCAGGAUUUUCCAGGGGCUAGCUUCUACGUUUCGACUGAGAAGAGAAAUGGUGAGAUAGGGAUCAUUGUACCGGUUUGUUUGCCAGAGAAGGCGAUGCAAAUGUUUGUGGAAGAGCUUGAGGGUGUGUUUAAUGGUCAAUAGAGGAAGCAAAAAGCUCUAAUAAAUUGAUCAUGUCUUU